AUGGCAGUUCACUGGAAAGACCUUAAGGAUAGCCAAUUUACGCCUGGGGAAGGCUUUGAUAUCACCAAAAUGACACGUAAAGGGGCCUCUUUGCUCGCAUUGACAUGGAAUCGUGGAUCAACACGCAAGGACAAGAACAUGCACCCCUGUCAGCACCACUAUCUGGAGAACAAGAAGCAGAAGCCUCCCCUUCACGUGGUGGACUGGAGGGCAACAGCACUCCUGCAGCAUGAAACGUCGGCCAGUAAACUCCACCGAUCCAGUGAGUCUCUGGUCAGCUCUAGCACCUCUUCUGUUGAAAAUAACUGGAAGACCAACUUAAAUUUUGAAGGAGGAGAUAAAAGCGCCUCAUUGAUGCUAGCUGGUACCAAUUCUAAAUUGUCUGAAUACUCCAUGGAAAAAACUAAGAAUGACAAGUUCAGCUUCACAAGCCACAGCAUGUCCUGUGAGUACUACAGCUACAGAGUGUCCGGCACUCCCAAGUUGCACAAAGAAUUUCACAAAGCAGUGAAAGGGCUCCCGAAAAUCUACAACCCUGAAAACAAGGGACGAUUUUACAAACUGAUUGACAACUUUGGCACCCAUUACAUCACCAAGGUGAAGAUGGGAGGAAGUGUUCAAUCUGUGACCAGCAUCAGGCAGUGCCAGGCCAGCCUGCAGGGCCUCAGCGUGGAAGAGGUGCAGAUGUGCCUGGAAGUUGAAGCCUCCGCUAGCAUGAGAGUUACAAUAGAAACUGAAGCAAAACACUGCCAGGCAGACAUGAACAAGAUGGAGAGUAAGACAUCCUUCUCCAGCCUCUUCAACGACAGAUUUACAGAAAUAAAGGGGGGCCAUACGACAGAGCCAGACCUUCUCUUUUCUGCUGACAAAGAUCCAUCGGCCUACAAGGAAUGGCUGAACACAUUACCACAGAACCCAGACAUAGUCUCAUAUUCCCUGGAUUCACUUCAUGAAUUGCUGCCUACUAACACCCCUGUCCGUAAGAACCUGCGCUCAGCCAUUAGUCAUUACAUCCUGGAGAAAGGUCUGUGGAAGAACUGCAGUGAAAAAUGUCAGGCCGGCAUCAAGAGCGACCUGAAGGAUUCCUGCGUCUGCCAAUGCCACAAUGACCCCGCUGUAAACAGAGACUGCUGCCCAACCCGUAAAGGCAUGGCAGAAGUCACCAUAACUGUACAACGGGCUUCUGGUCUUUGGGGAGACCACAGCACAGCCACCGAUGGCUACGUGAAGGUGUCCUUCAAUGGGGUAAUGAUCCAACGUUCUCCCGUCAUUUACAACAACAACAACCCACACUGGGAAAUGGUCGUCCCCCUGGGCUCCCGGGAUUUGUCAACAGACAAUAAUGUGAGAUUUGAAGUGUGGGAUGAGGACAACAAGUGGGAUGACGACCUGUUGGGACAAUGUGAGACAGUCCUGUCUGCUGGAGUCAAGAAGGAUCUCUGCAACCUGCAGCACGGCAAGCUGUUCUACAAAUUGGAAGUGAAAUGCGCUCCGAGUCUGAGUGGAGAUAAAUGCAUGGACUAUAAGCCUUCGCCUAUGAAUCAAAGUCUUAAGCCGCUGUAUGUGUCCCGUCAUGCCCACCCUAUUCCAAAGGCAUUCCUGUUACAGAUGGGUGUGUUUGUGGACGAAAAAAGUCCACAGAGAAACCAGAGUCUUACUACUCAGAGCCCAAAGUAUGAUGAGAUAUAAUACCCGUGUGUUUGGCUUUACUGAGACAUGCAUAGCGACAUAUAACCCUUCUGUAACUAACAUUCCUCAUUAAGUCUGCACUAAGCAUAAAGGAUUGUUUGGUAAAAUGUAUUAUGUGUUGACAAAGCAGCUGCAGCUCAAUUCUAGAAAAUGUCGUACUGCCGACGUAUUUGUAUCAUCUAGUGCCCAUCAUACUCCCUUGUCUUUCACGGGACAAUACAGCACAUCAUAUAAAGGUUCUUGUAGCCAAAAUGUAAGUUUGAUAUAACAUAGCUUUUUUAUUAUAAACUUAUUUAUGCCUUAUUUUUCCACUUCUUUAUUUGCAGAUUCAAAAACAUUGCAGAUGAUGUUGUGCAAUCACUGUUGUAGCAUUUUAUCACCUAUACGAACAUUUAUGUGUUUUAUGUAUGUUAAUCUUACAUGUUUGA